AUGUCGAAUCAACCCGUCCUCCGCUGUCGCACUACUCAGUGUCCCUUGGGACAAGGACAAUACACUUCCAACUGGAAUCGUCUCCCUCUCACCCUCCAUCGCAUUGCUACCGUUGCUUUGAUCUCCUUGACCGUCCUUCAACUCCAUUCCAGCGAGCGCUCGCUUACCCUGGCCGCCGUGUUUUUGGCAUUGGCGGCUGUAGGAAUCGUGGUUGACAAAUCGUCCUUGUUCUCCUCAGACCGAUCUCCUGCCUCUGCGUCCAAGACCCUUCUCGCCGUGUCGCUCGUCCGAGCGACCAUCUAUGCCUUCACUGGGGAUGUGGCUGCCGCUCAACUCCUCUG